AUGAAACUAAAUUUCUUUUUACAUUUUCUUUUUUGUCUUGACUUUUUUCUUUUCCUUCCUUUUUUCAAUUGUCUUGCAUCCAUUUCAUUCUUUCUAUCCGUUCCUUUCCAAUCUCCUCCUGUUUUCUUUCUUUUUUAUAUUUUUCUUUUUCUUUCUUUCUUUUUCUUUCUUUCUUUCUUUCUUUCUUUCUUUCUUAAAUGUGCUAUCUUUUUUUCUAACAUCCUUUCUUUUUAUCCUUCUUCAACUUUUAAUUUUUUAUCUUUCCUUUUUUUUUAUUUAGAAUCUAUUAAUUCUUCAUUUCCUUUUUUUACUCUUUUCCCUGUUUUUCUUCGCGCUCUCCUUUUCUACUUUGUAGUUUUCUUUCUUCAUUCUUAUAAUCUAUCAUGUCCUUUCAUAUUCCUUCAAUAUCAUCAUCUUAUAUUAUUCCUAAUUCUCUCUCUCUCUCACACACAAUCUUUCUCCUAUCUCUCUCACUCGCUCUCUCAUUCGCUCUCUCUCUCUCUCUCUCCCUUUCAUUCUCUUUCUCAAUGCCACCACAACCGCCAUCACUUUAGACCGCAGCAUCUUCCAAACCCGUCCCUUCCACCCUCCCGUCUUCGUUCUUUGAGUACAGUCAGUGCACACAGUUCGAACGCGACGACGGUGGAUGCAACGGUGGCUGAGGUGAGAACGACGGCGGUGGCGGCAUUACAACGAACCUAG